UAUGCCUGUGUGUGCAUCAUUUCUUCAGUUCACACUACAUUCAGCACACAACACAACCCAAGUUCCACAAAGAAGAAGAUGAAGCUCUUCCUCUGAUUCAGUGAUUCUCUCUUCCUCACACCACACACUUCCUUCAUUCACAAACUCAGAUUCCUCCUUCUCUCACUGUGUUGUUCUUUGAAGCAUUUCAUCAAACACAACAGCUCCACUGUACUGGGUCUUCCUCAAAUGCCCGACACUCACCGGCGACGAUGAAGAUCUCCAGCAACUCUAACUUACCACCGCCGCCAUUCCCGGUGGGCAUUGCUCACAACUCCCUGAACCCCUCGCCGGACUCGGAUCUUCGACCGUACCGGAGAACAUCCCGCCGGAAGCCCAGGACGCCGGCUACACGGUUGAGGAGAAGCGGGGCAUCGGUAGGCAAACGGAGCAGGCCCGAAACCCCUUUGUCGAAGUGGAAGAUCCAUGAAGAUAGAGAGAGGUGUGGCGCCGGCGGCGAUCCGAUCGAGGAGCCUGACAGUAGACCAUGCCGGAAAAGGGAGCCGAAACAGCCGGUUGUUGUCUCGGCGAGGAAGCUCGCAGCUGGUCUGUGGCGGCUUCAGCUGCCGGAGGUUGCGGCGGGUGAUCCUGGAAGACGAGUUGGUUCGAAGCUUCAGCAUGAAGUUGGGCAUGUAAACCAUCCCUUUCUCAGUCAUCAAAAUGGCAUGAUGCAUGGUUCCGCUAUGAAGAAUCCAUCACAAAGUCCUCGUUUCAUUUCUGGGACAAUGGUUUGUGAGCCUUCUUUACAGCUUUCUAAUACGGCAAUGGAAGGGGCAACGAAGUGGGAUCCUGUUUGCUUUAAAACAUCAGAUGAGGUGCAGCAUUUCUACAGCCAGAUGAAAUUCCUUGAUCAAAAGGUCAGCACUGUUUCUGCUGCGUCUGCUCUUGAAGCUGAACUGGAGCAGGCUCGUGUACAGAUUCAGGAGCUCGAGACUGAAUGCCACUCCUCCAAAAAGAAACUCGAGCAUUACUUGAAGAAAGUAAGUGAGGAAAGGGCCUCAUGGAGAACCAAAGAGCAUGAGAAAAUCCGUGCUUACAUUGAUGACAUUAAAGCAGAGUUGAAUCGAGAAAGGAAGAGCCGCCAGAGGAUUGAAAUUGUCAACUCCAAGUUAGUUAAUGAGUUAGCAGAUGCUAAGUUAUUUGCAAAGCGCUACAUGAAAGAUUAUGAGAAGGAAAGGAAGGGCAGAGAAUUGAUUGAGGAAGUUUGUGAUGAGCUUGCUAAUGAAAUUGGAGAAGACAAAGCUGAAGUUGAAGCAUUGAAGAGGGAAUCUAUGAAACUUAGGGAAGAAAUGGAAGAGGAGAGAAGGAUGUUACAGAUGGCUGAAGUAUGGCGUGAAGAACGUGUUCAUAUGAAGUUGAUAGAUGCAAAAAUUGCUCUUGAUGAGAAGUAUUCACAGAUGAAUAAACUUGUAGCAGAUUUGGAAACCUUUGUCAAGUCAACAGAUGUGAACUCAAAUGCAAAGGAGAUGAGAGAGGCACAGUCACUUCAGCAGGCUGCAGCUGCUGUGAACAUUCAAGACAUCAAGGGAUUUUCAUACGAGCCACCCAAUCCAGAUGAUAUUUUUGCCAUCUUUGAAGAUGUAAAUUCCGGUGAACCAAACGAGAGGGAGAUUGAAUCAUGCAUUGCUUACUCCCCAGCAAGUCAAGCCUCAAAUAUUCAUAUGGUUAGUCCUGAAGCCAACUUGAUACGUAAGGCUAACUUGCAGAGACAUUCUGAUGUAUUUAUGGAUGAUAAUGGUGAAGUAGAAGAUGAAAGUGGAUGGGAAACUGUAAGCCAUGUCGAGGAUCAAGGAUCAAGUUGUUCACCAGAAGGGAGUACCCUUUCCAUGACUAAGAAUAGCCGGGUAAGUAACAUUUCAGGGAGGAGUGUGCUUGAGUGGGAAGAAAAUGCAUGUGAAGCUACACCUCUAACUGAAAUUAGUGAAGUCUGUUCUGUACCGUCUAAGCAAUCAAAGAAGGUAUCAUCCAUAACAAGGCUUUGGAGGUCUGGCCAAGCCAAUGGGGAUAGUUACAAGAUAAUCUCCAUGGACGGAAUGAAUGGGAGGCUUUCAAAUGGAAGGGUAUCUAAUGGGGGCAUCGUGUCUCCUGACUGGGGACCUGGUAAGGGUGGACUAAGCCCCCAAGACAUUUUAUGCCAGUUGAGUUCUCCGGAGUCGGGAAAUCUGCAUAAUCGAGGCAAGAAAGGAUGCAUUCCUCGCACUGCACAGAAGAAUAGUUUGAAAGCCAGACUUUUGGAGGCUAGGAUGGAAACCCAGAAGUUUCAGUUGCGCCAUGUUCUUAAACAGAAGAUUUAGAUGUGAACCAAGGUAGAGAUUGCUCACAUGUGUAAUUUAAGAAUGAUCCACCAGCUGCAGUUUGUUUUGAAUAGUGGAAGUGCAAGUCUGCUGCUUCUAGAAAAAAACUGCUCAGAAAUGAUGAGGAGGGGUCAUCAAUAAAUGCACUUUUUCCUGCCACGUUUCAGUUCUUCAUUUUCACGCGUAUUAAGCAUUAAGCAGGUAAAUAGCUAGCCUGCUAUGUAAUCCAUCAUGCUUCACUUUGUGUAGGAUCUUAUGAAAGUUAUGAGAAGCAUGUUGAUUGUAUUGUAUCAUUCUAAGUCCAGGGACCAAAAUAUGUAGUGAAAUCAUAUCAUAAAAGUAUAGAUGAUAACAUUAUCUUUUCCGCAGUUUGAUUUUCUAUCAUAGUAGAUGUGGCUUAGAA